AUGGCGGCGGCCUCGGGCGCGACGCCCCCCGCCACGGCCGGGUCGGCUGAUGCGGCGGCCAUCCGCAGCGUCAUGAUGGCCACCUGGGACAAGCCCGAGGCCAGGCUGGAGGUAGCGCCCAUUUCCAUCGAAGGCGGCCAUGCGGUCGCCGGAUGGAUACAAGGCGAUCGCGGUGGCGGGCCCUGCUGCGGGCGCGACGCGCAGGGCCAAUGGCUGGUGGCCGUCUGUGGCGGCAAUGGACUCAAGGACCCCAAGAUGCUGGCAAUGGCUGGCCUGUCUGCAUCGGCCGCGCGCAGCCUGGCCAGCAAGGUCGUGCAGGCCGAGUCCGCCAUGCCCGCCCCGCGCCGCGCCCUGCUGGCCCUGUUCGACGGCAUGCCCCCUGGCCCUGUCCAUCGCCCUGGCACUGGCCUCGGCGGCCCAUGCCCAGGGCCUGGCCGCCCCCCAACGUUGAGCCAGGACGACUCCGCCCUGACGCUGGGCACCAUCAGCAUCACCUCCAAGGCCUCCGGCCCGCUGUCCACACGCAGCGUGUUCAGCUCCGUGGACAUCGUGGGCGCGGACAUCCUCGAGAACGAGCAUGUGGACUACAGCUGGGAGCUGCUGUCCAAGGCGCCCGGCGUGCAGGUCACGCAGUUCAAGCAGGGCACGGAUGCCGGGCGCUUCUCCUUCCGGGGCUUCAACGGCGAAGGCCGCAUCAAUGCGGUCAAGCUGCUGAUCGAUGGCAUCCCCAGCAAUGACAACGCCGGGGGCAUGCCCUUUCUGGACGCUGUCUUCCCGCUGGACAUCGAGGCCAUCGAGAUCGUGCGCGGCACCAAUGACGCGCGCUACGGCCUCAACAACAUCGCCGGCAAUGCCAACGUGAUCACCCGCACGGGCGGCAACGAGGCCGUGCCAGCGUGA